AUGGCGUCAUCCCCAGACUCUAGCAAUACCGUUGAUAGGCGGCAGCGGCCUUUUACCGUUCAGCCUGGCGCUGCUGCACGCGCACGGCCGUCUCCUCGACCUGUCUUGCCCCAGCCGGAUGCUCCCAGUAGUGCAUCUACCCGGGAUGAGCCGAGCACUAGCUGCGACCGUCCUUGGCCCACCCUUCCUCGAGUAAUUGUCCCCACCUUUCCUGGGCGUAACCGCCCGCAGGGACAGACCAAGUGCAAUGCCGAUGCUGCCUCGCCAAGUCCUCGCUACCGCAUGACAAAACGCUCGCGGAAUGCCAUCACCGCGAAGGAGAAACUUCAUUGGUUGAAGAUGCAAGACUCUCAGCCCGACCUCUCUAACCGCGUGCUGGCGAAACUCGCGAACGUGCAGCCGUGCCAGAUCCGAGAAUGGAAGAAGAUGAGGGAGCGGCUGGAGGUCGCUUCCAGCUGUCGCCGUCGCCUCAUGGGGCACGGGCACAAGUCCAAUUAUCCGUUCAUGGAACGGGCUGUCUACCGCCAGUUCCUGAAGCACCGCUCAACUGGCGUGCUUCGUUCCGGUGGGCGAUUCGUUUCCGCGCGCUGGCACUUGGCGAGGCAUGUGAAGACGAAGAUGGGACAGAAGCUUGCAGCGGAGGAGCUGCAGGCGGCGGCGCAGGAGGAUGACGCCGCCGAGGAGGACGCGGAGGCGGCGGCGGCAGAGGAGGAAGGGGUUGUGCUUAAAGAAGGCGGGGAGGCAGAAGAGCUGAACGAUGACGAGUGGUGGCGCCCUGGCCGCUAUGAAGGGGAAGAGUAUGAAGAGUUCCAUGCAGAGGGCGAUUCUGAGUAA